AUGCACGGCAUCACAGAGACGUUACUAGAAACCCUAGCCACACACUGGCUGUCAAUAGGUGCAUCACUUAUUGUGGCCUGGCUGGUUAAGAAUCAUUACAACAACGGACUCAACAAGUAUCCCGGGCCUUUCCUGGCGUCGUUGACGGAUUGGUGGCGCUUCUUCGACGUCAAGGGACAACGCCCAGAGGUAACACAUCAAAAACUACACGAAAAAUAUGGCAACGUUGUUCGGCUGGGUCCCAAUACGCUGUCGUUCGCCGACCCCGCUGCCCUGAAGACCAUCUACGGGCUGAACAAGGGAUUCGUCAAGUCUGAUUUCUACAUUGUGCAGCAGUCCGUGGUCAAGGGCCACAGCCUGCAGUCGCUGUUCAGCACAACAGACAACAGCUUCCACUCACAGUUCCGCCGAUGUGUCAACUCGGCCUUUUCCAUGUCGGCCCUGGUUCAGUAUGAGCCGUUUGUCGACAACACGACCAAGCUGUUUCUAUCACAGACGGAGAAGCUAUUUGCUGGAAACCCUGAGGGGUGUGACUUUACGACGUGGCUUCAGUUUUACGCGUUUGACGUUAUUGGAGAGAUCACCUACAGCAAACGCCAUGGAUUCAUCGAGAAGAACGAGGACAUUGACGGAAUCGUGGCGUACCUGAGCAAGCUGUUCCUCUACGUCGCGCCGAUUGGCCAAAUCCCCCUGCUCGACCGCCUCUUCCUCAAAAACCCCAUCUACCUCAAGCUGUCCCAAUGGGGCUUCAUCGACUCGACGUUCCCCGUUGCCCGCUUCGCUCGUGCCCGCAUGGCCGAGCGUCUCCCCGAGCUCAACGGCAAGGAGCCCCUGCUGCCCGUCACGAACGGCAAGAAGCUGGCCGAGCAGCCCGACCUCCUGUCCAAGUUCCUGGCCGCCCGUGAGGCCCGCCCCGAUUUCAUGUCAGAUGUGCUCGUGCAGACGAUGGCCGUCAGCAUGGCGUUUGCCGGUUCCGAGACCACCGCCAUCAGUCUGGCGGCCGUCUUCUACUACCUGCUACGCACCCCGACUGCGCUGGCGCGGUUGAAGGAGGAGCUGGACCAGUUUGGCCGCGAGGGCGGCUUCAGCGACACUGAGACGGGGCUGGUCACUUGGACCGAGAGCCAGAAGCUGGUCUACCUCGACGCCUGCAUCAAGGAGGCCUUCCGCAUGCACCCGGCUGCCGGUCUUCCCCUGGAGCGUAUCGUCCCCGAGCAGGGCGCCGAGAUUGCGGGAACCUUUGUCAAGGGCGGAACGAUUGUGGGCUGCAGUGCGUGGAUCAUCCACCGCCGACCCGAGAUCUGGGGCGCAGACGUCGACACCUACCGGCCCGAGCGGUGGUUGGUGGAUGAGACAAAGGACCGCGAGGCGGAAGAGCAGCGCAUCAAGGAGAUGAACGGCCACAUGUUCCAGUUUGGCAUGGGCAGCCGCACGUGCAUCGGAAAGAACAUUAGCUUGUUGGAAAUCUACAAGGUGGUGCCGAGUUUGUUGAGGAGGUUCGACAUUAAGUUUAAGGACCCCAACCAGGAGUGGCAGCUCAUCAACGCGUGGUUUGUUAAGCAAGUCAACUUUUACACCAUGUUUACGCCUAGGGAUAUCGUCAAGCCGGAGGUGAACGAAAAGAGUUCAUAA